AUGGUCCAGCUCAACAUCAAUCCCUAUUAUCUACUGACAAUACUCGUUAUCUCGUGCGGGUCUAUUCCCAAGGGCUACGAUGAAGGCGGCUUCAGCGCGGCGACGGGCCUACCCUCGUUCAAGAACGACUUCGGCCUCGUCGCCAGCGCGUGGAAGGGCGACGAGUCCGGCCUGGCCGACCGCAAGGCCAACAUCUCGUCCUUCGGUGUCCUCGGCGCCGCUUUCGGUUCCCUGAUCGCCCUCGCCGUCAACGACAGGCUCGGCCGGCUGCGGUCCUGGCAGCUGCUCGUCGCCGUGUGGAUUACCGGCACCCUGAUGCAGGUCUUCUCGUCCGGCAUCCUCGGCCUCAUGCUCUUCGCCCGCAUCUGGGGCGGCAUCGGCGCCGGCGGCCUUACCGUCGUCGCCCCUCUGUACCUGUCCGAGAUCGCGCCGGCCAAGUCUCGCGGCAUGGUCGUCAGCAUCUACAUGGUCGUCCUGCUGUCGAUCCUGACCAUCGGCUUUUUCGUCAACUAUGCCGCCAACGCGACCCUCGCCGCGACGCGGAUGCAGUACCGCCUCGUCAUCGCCAUCCCGCUCAUCCCCACGGGCCUGGCCUUCAUCGCGUCCUUCUUCCUCGACGACACCCCGCGCUGGCUCGCGUCCCAGAACCGCGGCGAAGAGGCGCUCGCCGCCCUGGCCAAGCUCCGGCACGCCGACCCGAGCGACCGCGCGCUGGCGGCCGAGUACGACGAGAUCCACGAACAGAUCCGCAACCGGAACCAGAUCCUCGCCGAAUCGUCCACCUGGUCCAUUGCCAAGGAUAUCGCCACCAUCCCCACCUACCGCACGCGAUUCCUCCUCGGCGCCGUGAUGCAGACCGUCGCGCAGUGGUCCGGCGGCAACGGCAUCACGUACUACAUCCCCGACAUCUUCCAGUACGCCGGCGUCGUCGGCGACAACACCUCGCUCAUCACCAGCGGCGCCUACGGCGUCGUCAAGCUCGUCUUCACCAUGAUCUUCACCUGGGGCCUGGUCGACGUCUUCGGCCGCCGCCGCUGCUUCAUCGCCGGCCUGUUCUUGCAGUGCAUCACCCACGUCUACAUGGCCAUCUACAUGAGCGUCUGGGUGGGCGGCGGCAACAAGUCGGCGUCCGACGCCGCCAUCGCCUCCGUCUUCGUCUACGCCGUCGGCUGGUCCAUCGGCCUGUGCACCGUGCAGUACCUGUACGGCACCGAGAUCUACCCGACUCGCAUCCGCAGCGUCUGCUACGCGACCAACAUGACGCUGCACUGGUUCUUCCAGUUCGCCGUCGUGCGCGUGACCCCCAACAUGUUUGUCAGCCUCGACGUCUGGGGCGCCUACGUCUUCUGGGCCUGCAUCUGCGCCGCCGGCCUCGUCAUCCUGGGCCUCUGGGCGCCCGAGACCAAGGGCAUCCCGAUGGAGAGGAUGGAGGAGCUGUUCAGCGGCCCGUGGUGGAUGGGAUGGAGAGCCGGCGUCGACCUGGAGUCGAGCGAGACCACACCCUUUGGCAAGGACGGCUCGACGAGGAAUGAUUCGAAAGAAGGGCAUCUCGCGCAGGACCGGAAGACGGAUGUGUAG